AUGCCCAUCGCCGAGGCUCGUUGCAGCGGCCCUUCAAAUCCGCCCAAAUUUCGAGAGCUUCAAGAAUGCACGCCACCCCCUCAAAAUUUAUUUCUUUACGGUGAUACUGGGACAGGAAAAUCACUGGCAAUCGACUUUUUAUUUGAUCACAGAAAAUCUGAUCGCAAUGCUGGGUAUUUUCAUCUGUUUGUUGACUUGCAUCAAAUUUACAAUGAAAAGCAGUUGCUUUCCAUGCUUUGUAGCGCAUUUACAGCCAAUUUUUUACAAAGUAAUCCCCAGGUGUGUGGCCAUGCAUUCGAACUCAUUCAAAUCAUAAAUUCAUGCAUCGAUACCAUGCAUCACAAGGAUUCCAAGCGACAAAUGGAGGGAAGAAACAUGGUCCCCUUGUACGUUGUUUAUAAGCUUUCGGAUCGAUUUUCCUCGAUCUUCCCAACACUUUUUUCGAUUUUAUUUAAAUUACCUUCUAUUGUAAGCACUUCUUCCGUUUUUUUAACCAAUAUCUGGCUAAGUACCGCUUCUUGGGAUAAAUACAGCGGGUUUGCCCUGGCUCCGGAGCCAAUUUUUGUAUAUUUCCCUCCAUAUUUAAAAACAGAGCUGGCAACUCUGCUAGAAGAUCAGCCGCAUCCUCCAACAUUAAUAACAUCGCAUGCAUCUCUGACCACUCAUAGCACUGAAACCCCGCUCCUCUCCAGCCAAUUUAUAAAAUUCUUUAUCGAUAUCUUCUUCCCGAUUACUCAUUGCUUUCCAGAGCUGGUAAAAUUGUACAAUCUUCUAUUUCCCAUUUAUGAAAUGCUCAGUGCCGACUCCAAAUAUCGGCAUUCACAACCCGCUGAAAUCAUAAAAGCCAUGCAGCCAUACUUCAAGCAAAUCAACGCCAAUCUUUCCCAGGCCCUUUGUGCCCAUAGCCCAUUUGAUUUUUUUGCGGAGAUCGACAAUCCUCAUUUUUCGAACACAUUGCCAUCGCCCGCUUUAGCACCAAUCAAACAGUUUUCCCCAUACCAGCCUUUAUCAACGCUGCCGGAGACUAUAAAAUAUGUCUUAAUUGCCUCCUAUUUGGCAUCACACAAUCCACCCAAAUUGGAUUCUAGGAUUUUUGGCGACGUCAAUUUUGCCGUUACUUCAGGCACAAGAAUUGUCUCGGACUCCAGGAAAAAGUUGGUGAUUGCUAAAAAAGCUGCUGGCUCGGGACCUUUAGUCUCCAGCGUAUCACAAUACCAAGAUGCCAAGGCUUUUGUUUAUGAGCGCAUGCUUGCCAUUUAUUCUAAUAUUGUCGAGCCUGAUGUGACAUCAUCAUCACCAAAUGUUUGCGUUCAAAGUCAGCUGGGAUUGUUGGAGAGAUGUCACUUAGUGGAGAGGCUGGACGAAAUCAAGCUUCGAUGCCUUGCCAGUUACGAUGUGGUUGAAAAGCUGGCCAAAAGCAUUAAAUUUGAGCUGAAAAUGUAUCUGCUUCACUAG